CGACUGCCCGUUGUCUUUGUCUGGUUGACAGUUGUGUGUUGUUGAAUUAUGACUUGUGUUUUUGGCACAAAAUCACAUUUGUUAAAAAAUUAAAAGACGUAAUAAGUAAAUAUAACCGUCGACGAAGCCAGCGAAUGUCUAUUUUGAUUUGAACAAAUGGUGGAAUUGGAUAGUGAAGGUUUUAGCAAAUAAUUGUGUGAUCAUAUGUAAAAGUGACGUAGUUUGUGUAAAAAUAUAGGUUUUUUUGAUUUUUCCUGAUACACUUUCUAAAACUGGGUCGUACGUGUGGACCUGCAGUUUCUGUUUAUAAUUAAAAACGUAGUUUAGUGCUGAGAACAAUUUAAAGUGUCACCUAACCUCCCGUUAUGAUAUUUUGCAUUUCAACAUCAUUUUAAAAUGUCAAACAUAGAAAUUAAACAUCUGUUUAAACUAAAUAGAAUACCUGAAAAUGACUACAAAAUUUUCUUCAUGAUCUUCUAUGUACCACUAGGAAUAAUCUUAUUUCUGUUAAGGACUGUACUUAUCAUUUUACUGUUUAUAUUAGGGAAUAUUCUGUCAGACACAUUGUUAGUACAGAAGUUUUUAAACAAGCUUGCCUGUUUAUCACUUGGCAUCUUCGUAACAGUGGAGAAUCCAGAAAUUAAGGAGAAUGUUGACGUUUAUAUCAGCAACAGUGUAUCAAUAUUUGACCAUUUGGCUGUACAAAAUGCAACAGGAUCUGUAACACCAAGCAUUAAAAAUUCCAUGGUGAAAUCACGUGGAUUUGGCGCCAGAUAUUUUGGAUCUCAGCUAAACUUGGAAUUAUUCAAAAAGAACAUAACUCAAUGGAUAUCCGAAUACAAAAUCCCGAUAAAUUUCGCCCCAGAGGGUAAAAUGACUAAUGGCAAAGCAGUAAUAAAAUUCAAGACUUUCCCCUUUCAAAUAUCCACAAAAGUACAGCCAGUCUGCAUUAGAAUUGAGAGGCCAAUACUGGAUAUUUCUGUGAACACAUUGGGCGCCAGUCAUGUCGUCGACAUAAUGUUUUACAUGUUUUCCCCAUUUACCAACUACAGUUUGAAAUUUUUACCUUCAUUGGAGAACAAGAACGAGAGUCCUGCUGAAUUCGCUGAAAUCGUCCGUCAAAAUAUUGCCGCCUCACUUAAUGUCGAAACGCCUAAUUACUCAGCAGCAGAUCUUUUAGAAUUCGAGAAGAGGGUGUUGGCUGAAGAGCAGAAUAAUGCGCAAAACCACAAUAGGGGCAUUUCUUCAGGUACUAACCCAACUCGUAAUUUUGAUAUCCACAGGAUGAGUGCGCAGGUCAAGGAAGUUCUCCCCCAUGUGCCCUUGAAGGCAAUAUACAGUGAUUUGUGUUUAACCAAAAACGUGGACACAACAAUCACUAACAUAUUGGAGGGUAGGGUGCAUUUUACCCCAGAACAAAUCCCUUCAACCUCCACGCCACAACCAUCCACUUCAAGUAGUGCUUUAUCAAACUCAUCCGCAACAAUGGAAAACGGAGGCGGUAGUAAAGUUAUGUUCAAUACGGCCGCAUCGACGUUCCCAAAAUCAGCGUCGGAAAGGAAUAAAUCGUUCCAGGAGAGAAAAGAACAACUGAUAGCGAACGCCAGGAGGCGCUACAUUGAAAAACACAAUCUGAACAUACCGUCUUAAAAACUUCCGCUCUCUAGAUGUAGUGCCAAAAAAAGUUUUCAGACUUCACUAUUAAACGUACGUUUCAAAAAUUAUGUCAUGUAAUUCCUUUAAGUGCACACCAAUUUCAGAAGAUAAUUAUAGCGGUUACAUUUGUACAUAUAUUUGUUUUCAUAAUUGUUUAGUCUUUACAGAUAAAUUCUGGUUAUAAGACUUGUGUUCAUUGGAGUACCAACUAUGCAUUAAUUGGCAGAUGGAAUAAAAGGUGUAAAUAGCUAUAGUUUAAACAAAGACUGAAAAAACUGA